AUGUUGACUAUCACUCUUUUUAAGGCCGCUCUUUUGGCCCUCUCCUGCUCCUUGGUUCAUGCAGUCCCUGCCGCAGAAAAAUCCAAAACGAGCGCAGCUGUGCCAGCAAAGUCCAGUACAUCUACAGCAAUACCCACUGUACACAAGAAGAAGGCAGAAAAGGAGGCCAUCCGUGUACCAGUAGCCACUCGGGUAGCAGCUCCAAUCGUGCCCACAAUAUCUGCGAAGAUCGACAAUAUUGUCGUCAAAUUGAAUACCUCGAGCAGUGCUGCAAAAAUUAAAGCUCCGUCCCCAGGCGUUUCCGUAACGAGUGCCGCGGGCACAGUUCUGAUAUUUGCUCGGGAUGCAGCAUCGGCAUAUUCUGCGUUCUCUGGUCUCAAUGGAUACGGCAUCUCAUACCAGGUGGUCUUGGUACCGGACGGGGGGAUUUCAAGCCUGCCAACCCUCAACAGCAGCGCAACCGUUGGGAACUACGGGGCAAUUGUUGUGUUAUCUGAAGUCAGCUACAGCUCACCGUCGGGGGUAUUCGCGAGCGCGCUUACCGCAGAUCAAUGGGCCGCCUUGUAUCAGUACCAAGUUACAUUCGCCGUCCGUAUGGUUCGGCUUGAUGUCUAUCCUGGGCCUGCCUUUGGGACGACAGCAGUAGGUGGCUGUUGUGACACCGGAGUUGAGCAGCUCAUUAGCAUUUCUAAUGCGACAGCGUUCCCUUCCGCUGGCCUCAAAACUGGUGUUGGAGUUAGUACUACUGGCCUCUGGCAUUAUCCUGCUACCAUAACGGACAACACCAUAGCUACCGAGUUCGCUCAAUUCGCCCCAGCUACCGGAUUUUCGGAUAAAACAACAGCUGCAGUCAUCAAUACUAUAGAAGGUCGGCAGCAGAUGGUUUUCUUCACUGGUUUCGCAACAGAUUGGAGUGCAGCCUCGAAUUUCCUCAGUCACGCAUGGAUCACCUGGGCGACUAGAGGGCUGUAUGCUGGUUAUCGGCGUAUCAAUUUAAACACACAAGUUGACGAUAUGUUCCUUAUUACGGAAUUAUACAGCCCUGAAGGUGCCGAAUUUGGGAUUACGCCAGACGAUUUGGCCCAGCAUAUCACAUGGAUGAAAACAAUCAACGCAAAACUCCCGGCCGGCAGCUCAUACAUGAUUGAAAUCGGCCAUAAUGGCAAUGGAAAUAUUGAGGACGCCGCCAAUACCACAGCAGGCGAACGACAGUGCGGAAACGGACCUAUCGAGUACCCAGAACAAAUUGAUACGCCCCUCGAAUUCUCCAAAGUUCUUGGCACUGGAACAAAUCUUUGGCCAGCAUGGGCAGAUGACUAUCCUUAUACAGUCGGCUGUAACAAUCUUGGUGCGCUCGAGAAGUGGUUUGCCAAAGCGGCGAAUCGUGAUGCAUUCGCUCAUGUAUCCCACACGUUUACACAUGAGGACCAAAACAAUGCCACGUACUAUGACGUUACGAGAGAGAUUUCUUGGAAUGCAGCUUGGCUCAAACAAGUAGGCAUAUCAUCUGCCGCAAAAUUCAGCCCAGAAGGGAUAAUUCCACCUGCUAUCACUGGUUUGCAUAAUGGCGAUGCCCUGCGAGCCUGGAAGGAAAACGGCAUCAUCUACGUCGUUGGCGAUAACACACGUCCAGUGUUGAUGAAUAAAGUUAACGAGCAUUGGCCACUUAUGACCACCAAAGCCGACAACGGCUUCGAUGGAAUCCAGAUCAAUCCCCGUUGGGCUUCGAACAUCUACUAUAACUGCGCGGUUCCAGACUGCACCGUUCUCGAGUGGCAAAAUACUUCGGCGGGUAAGGGCGAUUGGAAUGAUCUGUUGGCGAUCGAAAAGAAUACAAAUGUACGACAUCUUCUUGGCCUCCACCACGACCCGUUCAUGUUUCACCAAGCCAAUUUGAACUACGUUUCUGCGCCAAAGAUGACUAUCAACGGCGUCACCGCAAAAUACUCUCUACUCCAAGCCUGGGUCGAAACUAUCGUAGUAGAAGUAGUUAGGCUUGUUACUUGGCCCAUCAUUUCAUUGAAGCAUGACGAUAUGGCACUUGCCUUCCUCAAUCGCAUGCAAAGGGAUCAGUGCAAGCCAGUUCUCUCCUACACAACAAAUCCAACAGCCAAGACUAUCACUGCCGUUACCUUAACGACCACCAACAAUCGGUGCGAUGCCAAGCUCCCUGUCACAGUGCCCAGCGGAGUCACAGAUGUCCAAGACUUUACUACAGAACAACUAGGUACUGAUCCUUUGACCAUUUGGGUCCAGAUGUCUGGAUCUCCUGUCACUUUCACCUUGAAGACACCGAUCCCCUUCUACACGUAG